GUGCAAAUGUGUAAUGGCCACGUCGAUAGAAUGGCAUCGCGUGAAAAAGCGCUUUCAGAGGAAGUAUGGAGAUUAUUUUCUGAUAUAUACACAAAGAACGCGGGAGCGUUAAAGAACGUCGUAUGACGUGGCCGAUGAUACGCCCAACCACCCACAAACUGUUAUGAAAUGGCUACAUAUAUUUUUAUGCGAGAAAAUUGUGCUAAAGUUAUACACGAAUAUUUCGCCAAGAAAGGUGUCAUAAUCCAUUUCGCAAAAGUUUAACGUUAGUAGGGAAUCUUAUAAACAAAAUGAACAACUUCAAGCAAAAUUUACAAAUUAUAACGUUAUAUCUUCAUAUUUUAUCAUAUGUUUUAAGAGUACAGGCAGAAGGUAUUUCAUGUUUCAAAUGCUUCGUAUCGUUCACAAAGCAGGAAGAAAUGGAUCUGCUUUGUUCUCAUUUUGAUGGGAGUGAAAAAUUUCAAGUAUUUUGUCCAAGCUCAACACUCUGUAUGAAGAGAACUAUCGAGUACAAGUAUAAUAAAACAACUGUAGUAACUUCUGUUCAGAGAGACUGUGCACCACAAAAAUAUAUUUCGCAUACAUACAAUGAUAUUGAAAGAAAAUGGCACAAAAAAGAAGAAGUCAUAACAAGUGCUUAUGAUGAAGGUUGCUUUGUUGGUGAACACAGAGGAGCACCAACGAAUCCACCGGAAUAUUGUUUCUGUAGCUUUCACUUAUGUAACUCAUCAACUUUACCAAUUAGAAUGCUUAACGAGAUAUAUGGAAUAUUAUUAAUAUUAUUUAUAAGAUUGUUGUAAAAUUAACUGUUUAACUUGUGACACUGAAACUAUAUGAAACAUUUUACUUAAAGAAAAGUAUCUUAUGCAAAUAAAAUAAUUUUUUCUGAGAUUA